AUGUUUCACAUUCUAUUUUCAAAACCAGCAACACAUUCCAGACUGCUUAAAUUAUGGUUUUCCACCCUCCGUUCCCUUGUAGGAGAAAAGAAUCUUAUCUUGAUGGGUCCUCCAGGGUCCGGGAAGACCUCAGUUGGUAGAAUUCUUGGCCACAAGCUAGGUUGUCCUGUUAUAGACGUGGAUGACGAUGUCCUUGAAAAAGACUGGAAAAUGAGUGUGUCCAAUAAAUUGCAGGAAGUUGGCGAUGAGCAGUUUUUAGAAGAGGAAGGAAAAGCCCUUUUAAAGUUUUCAGCAUCUGGAAGUGUGAUUUCCCUUACGGGCUCCAACCCUCUUCACACUAGCAGCAUGGAACACACAAAGAAAAAUGGCUUAGUUGUUUACCUUGAUGUCAAUACGCAGGAUAUAAUUGAGAGGCUGGAAGGAAUGAAAGUGGAUCGUAUUGUUGGGCAAAGGUCUGGAGCUUCAAUUGGCGACAUACUUCAAAAAAGGAACUGUUUUUAUAAAAAGUGGCAUGAUGUGCGUGUACUCUGCCAGAAGGGAGAUACUGUAGAGGCUUUGGCUGAAAAAGUAAUUGAUGCAGUAAAAAAAUAUCAGAAUGUAGACUCUGAUACUUUUGUUUCUACUAGAUCACAAAGUUGUGAAGCUGAAAUAAGCCAAGACAAAGCAAAAUUCUUUAGUGACGUUGUCAUUGAGGGUUUAGCUGCUGAUGGUGGACUCUACAUUCCCAAAAAUGGUCUGCCAAAGCUUACUGCUGGUGAGUGGGGAAGAUUGGUUAAGUCAACUUAUGCUGAAAGGGCACAGAUAAUACUGGAAAGAUGCAUCCACCCAGCUGAUGUCCCAGCUGUUGUUUUAGGAGAAAUCAUUGAAAAGGCAUACAGUGAAAACUUUACAUGUAGCAAAAUUGCUCCCAUCAGGCAUUUGUCUGGCAAUCAAUUCAUUCUUGAACUCUUUCAUGGACCAACUGCUUCUUUCAAAGACUUGGCCUUGCAGUUUAUGCCUCAUGUGUUUGCUUAUUGUGUCCCCAAAACAUGUAACUAUCUAGUCCUUGUGGCUACUUCUGGAGACACAGGUAGUGCUGUUCUGGACGGGUUUAGCCGCCUCAGUGACCUUGACAGGCGAAGGAUGGCUGUCUUCUGUCUCUACCCCGAAAAUGGAAUAAGCCUGGUGCAAAAAUCACAGAUUAUUGCUUGUCAAGGGGAUAACGGGUUGGCACUUGGAGUAAAUUCUGAUUUUGAUUUCUGUCAGAGUGCAAUAAAAGGAAUGUGCACCAAUCCUGAUUACUCUGGCUUUCUUACAGCUGAAUACGGAACUACUCUGAGUACUGCCAAUUCGAUCAACUGGGCCAGGCUGCUGCCGCAGGUUGUGUACCAUGCUUCUGCUUAUCUUGAUCUAGUCAGUCAGGGUAUUAUAACUUUUGGGAACCCAGUUGACGUAUGUAUUCCCACCGGUAACUUUGGCAACAUACUAGCUGCAGUUUACGCAAAACAGUUGGGAAUACCCAUUCGAAAGUUCAUCUGUGCCUCCAAUCAAAACCACGUUUUGACAGAUUUUAUUAAAACCGGACAUUAUGACCUCAGGGGUCGAACAUUACUGCCAUCCCAUUCACCAGCAAUUGAUAUUCUUAAAUCGUCGAACUUAGAGAGGUACUUGCAUCUUAUCUCUAACCAGGAUGGUGAGCUUGUUAAAAAACUUUACAGUCAGUUACAAAGUCAAGGUCAUUUUCAGCUGCCAGAAAAUGUAUUAAAAAUUCUCCAGAAUGACAUUAUUGGCAGCUGGUGCUCUGAGGCAGACUGCUUGUCCGCAAUCCACUCUGUACAUAGUACAAGUGGAUAUAUCAUGGACACACACACAGCAGUUGCCAAAGUUGUGGCCGACAGGGUGCAAGACCGUACUUGUCCAGUUAUCAUCUCAUGUACAGCUCAUUAUUCUAAGUUUGCACCUGUUAUUUUGCAAGCUUUGAGGAUUGAAGAAAUUAAGCAAAGCCCAUUAAGCCAGCUUCAUGUAUUAAAUUCCUUCCGUCCCUUGCCUCCUGCUCACAAGGCACUCUUAACAAUGCUUAAAGACAGGGAGUCUCAUAAGAGCUGUGUUUGUGAAGCUGAUUCAAACCAAAUAAUGGACCAUGUUCAAAAUUACCUUCAAAAACAAUUCUUGAAGGUUUACUAG